GCACAUUUUUAUUUUUGGCAGUCUUGUAUUUUCGACUUUUGUGUGGCACAUUUAAAUUGAAUUUUUAAUGAAGUAUUGUUUUCCUCCGUCUGUUAACUUUCAAAUGUUACUUUUAUAGUGGCUUACUAUAUUUAUAAAUAAACAUUUUAUUGGAAACGGAACAUUAUUUUUGACGAACCCUUAGACCCACCAUGCUACAGUAUUUUAAUUUUGGUCAUGGUGACUGUACUUGGAGAGACAGGUUUUUUUUUGGGGGGGGGGUGUUUGUUUUUUGCUUUUACUUUGUGUAAAAAGUUUUUUUUAAUUAUUAUUUCGUUAUACUGUUUUGCAUUGGUAAAUCAGCUUCCUUUUGAGGAAAUUAACCACGUUGUACAAAGCCUUUUUGCUAACUUUCUCAGUUUCUCUCCCCUGAGUUAAGAGCUAGCUUUUCAGUAGACAUAAAAAAACAUCUUUCGACAGGCAAUCCAGUUUUGAGUGCUGAAACCCUGACGUCAUAAACGUUACCUUCUCCUCCUUUGUGACGUCAUGACGCAAAACUUGGUGGAAACGGAAAAUAGUCACUGAUGUAGAUUGUUUAUACGACGUGCCGACUGCGACACGAGGCUGGGAAGGUCGAAGUCAGCGUAUUCACUGCUUGUGUGCGGCAGUAAACCAAGAAAAGACCAACGAUGCCGGUACAUUGUCUUGCAUCCAGUCGCAUAAAUUGGAGCACAAUUACGACAAGGGAACACCGUCUUCGUCUGAAAAAUGGACGGAGAGGAGGACGAGUUCAUGUCUGGGAGCCACUCCGACGACGGAGGCGGAACUCCAGUCCAGGAUGAGCAUCUGGCAUCAGACGGCGAGGACAUGAGCAGCAACAAGCAUCAUUCUGAGACGCAAUGUCAUCGUUUGGGGCAUCAGGAUGAGGGCAGCAACGAGGAGUACGCAUCCUACAACAAACGGCGAGACGACAGCGACUCCGACAACGACGCCAGACGAGACGCUGAUAGUGACUCGGAGGCGGAAGCGGCCGUUCGCCGGAGCGACUCCGAUGAGGAACCUCCGAGGCCUGCCGUCAGUGACGACGAUGACUCGGUGGCUAAACACAGGGUGAGCGCCUCAGCGGACGAGGACGAGGCACCAAUCGAACACGCCGCCUCGAACAAUGAGGAGCCCGAGGCGUCCUCCGCCCGGCGUAGAGGGAGCGACUCAGAGAGGGAGGAGGACGGAGGCCGAGCGGCGGCAGGGAGCGACUCUGACAACGAGGACGUCAAAGCCAAAUCCCCCGUUGACAGCGAAUCUGACGCGGAGACGCCGGUCAGACGCGAGGCGGCGGCCUCACCCGACUCCGGCGACGAGUCGGACACGCGGCUGCGGGGGAGCGACGAGCGGCCGGUAGGCGAGCGGAAGGCUGUCGUGCGGUCAGACAGCGAGGACGACCACGGCGAGGGGAGGAAGGAUGCCGACGAUGUUCCAGGAAGUGACAGAGACGCACAAGAGGCGCCGAAAAACUCAGACAACAGUGACGAUGACGACGAGCUGCCAGUGAAGAGGAAGAAAGCCGUCGUCUCAGACAGCGACGAAGACCAGGAGGCGGCCAAACCGGCCGUCAAGAGGAGUCGUGCGGUUUCCGACGACGACUCGGACAGUGACGCCGAGUCGGGCGGGAUCGACAAGAGCAUGGCGGCCAAGCUCCGAGAGCUCGGCUCGGACAGCGGCAGCGACGACGACGACGGCGGGCGCGCCCGGUCCGUGGCCGAGGACAAAGACGAGAAAGCGCUCUUUGGGAGCGACAGCGACGACGACGACAACCAGGAGGAGAAAAUGAUCGCAGACAUCUUUGGGGAGUCUGGAGACGAGGAUGAGGAGGAGUUCACGGGCUUCAACCAGGAGGACCUGGAGGGCGAAAAGGAGAAGGCCAAGGAGAAGCAGCAGGAAAUGGACGACUCGGACUCUGACGAGGGCGUUCACCGUAGGGGCCAAGACACCAGCUUCAUGUCCGACUUCGACAUCAUGCUGGCUCGCAAGAAGGCCAUGAGCGGCAAGCGGCGGCGCCACCGAGACGGCGGAACGUUUAUCAGCGACGCCGACGACGUGGUUAGCGCCAUGGUCACCAAGAUGAACGAGGCCGCCGAGGAGGACCGAACACUGAACAGUGCCAAGAAACCAGCGCUGAAGAAGCUGACUCUGCUGCCUCAAGUGGUCAUGCACCUGAAAAAGCAGGACCUGAAGGAAACGUUCAUCGACAGCGGCGUCAUGUCGGCCAUCAAGGAGUGGAUCAGCCCGCUUCCCGACAAAUCGCUCCCAGCGCUUCGCAUCCGAGAGGAGCUGCUCAGGAUCCUCCAGGAACUGCCGAGCGUGUGUCAGGAGACGCUGAAGCACAGCGGCAUCGGCCGCGCCGUCAUGUUCCUGUACAAGCACCCCAAAGAGUCGCGAUCCAACAAAGACCUAGCCCUCAAGCUCAUCAACGAGUGGUCACGGCCCAUCUUCGGCCUGACAUCCAACUACAAGGGAAUGACGCGAGAGGAGCGGCAGCAGCGGGACCUGGACCAGCAGAUGCCUCAGCGCAGACGAUUAAGUUCCGCAGGGCAGACUCCCCGUAGGGACCUGGAGAAACAGCUGACUGGAGAAGAGAAAGCACUGCGACCGGGCGACCCGGGUUUCUGCGCCAGGGCCCGAGUCCCCAUGCCCUCCAACAAAGACUACGUCGUGCGACCCAAAUGGAACGUGGAGAUGGAGUCCAGCAGGGGUCCCGUGAAAAAAGGCAUGUCCCGGGUGGACAAGCAGAUGCGUCGCUUCGCAGACAUCCGCCGCCUCACCAAGACGGGACACGCCGUGAAAAUCAGUGUGGAGGGAAACCGCAUGCCGCUAUAGGAUGGUUUUGCUUUUCUUUGCAUUUUUUUUUUCUCGUUUGUUUGUUUGGUUUGUUGGUUGGUUGGUUCAGUGGGACACAAAAGAGAGGUCUUACUCUGUUCCUGUUUUUAAAUGCUCCCCACGAAGCCCAAUCCGCUCUGUUGA